CCUCCAAAAACGCUUGAAAGUGCCACCAUCAGCAACAGCAGCAUGCUGUGUUCUGUUAAAUAUUAAAAUCUAUAUUUUUACUACGUAUCUUUUAAAUAAGUUUGGGAUCCAUCAUUUUAAUGUUAUAAAGACAAGUAAAAUUUUUAAUGUUAUUCUGACUGUCGAAACAAAAUUAUGCUAGCCUAUAAAGUAAUAUCAAAAGACUGAAAUGAAUGUGAGUGUUUCGAUAACGAUAAGAAUAUUUCUCUUGGUAUUAUUAAUUUUAUUCAUAAUUAGCAUAUAGGUAGAACAUUUCUUUUUUUAAUUGCAAACGCACCUAUUGAUUAUUUAUUUUUCUAUGAUUUUAAUAAAAUUGAUCAGGUGAUUUAUAGCAUAUUUAUUCAGAAGAAAUUUCAUUCCUGCCUAACAGUGAUCAGAUUCUUUACAAACAUGAUAAAAAACAGUUUGCCCAAACCUCCUGCUGAAGUCCGUGGUAUGACCACACUAGAUCGUGAUAAAUUUCAGACUGUUGCCCAAAUACCCUGCUUUCUGAUUUCAGUGGACAAAAUUUCUGAUGUUCUAAAAAUUUUGAAACCUUGCCUCCUGAAAAUGCCAAAACUGAAACCUGUUUGUAAUGAGGAGUUCAACAAGAGAAAAAUUCUUCUUCAUCCGGAGAAAUAUGAAGCAACUUUAUGCAACAAAGUUGACGUUGGUUUGACCACUGAUGAUAUCGAGUGGACUGAUGUCCAGCUUAAAUAUGAGAACUGGACUUCUGAUGAUAUAUUCAGAGCUGUUUUGCCGGAGGACAGUGUGGGCAACAUCUCCAGUUUUAGCAUAGUGGGGCACAUUAUUCAUCUGAACUUAAAAGUUGAAUUGUUAAACUACAAGUUCCUUAUAGGACAAGUUCUACUCGAUAAAUAUCAGCCAAAUAUUAAAACUGUCGUUAAUAAAUCUGAUGUAAUAGAAAACACGUUUAGAAAUUUUAAAAUGGAACACUUGGCUGGCGAGCAUAACUAUCAAGUUAUGGUAAAAGAAAACAACUGUAAAUAUGCAUUUGAUUAUGAAAAAGUUUUUUGGAAUCCUAGAUUAAGUAGUGAACACGACCGUGUGGCAAACAGUAUUGAUUCCAAAGAUACAGUAUGCGAUGUUUUCGCUGGUGUUGGACCUUUUGCAAUCCCUCUGGCGAAAAAAGGUUGCAAAGUUUGUGCCAAUGACUUGAAUCCUGAUUCCUAUUAUUGGCUUUGCCAUAAUGCAAAGUUAAACAAAGUAGACAAACGCAUUCAAACGUAUAAUAUGGAUGGUAAGGAUUUUAUUAAAACAAUAGUAAGAGAUAGUAUCAUCAAUUAUUUUAACAGUGAAGAGGAAAAUGUUGGGAAAUUUCACAUUUUGAUGAACUUGCCUGCAAUUGCGUUGACAUUUUUGCCAUUCUUCGACAACCUACUCGCUAGAGAAUCGGUUAAGUUUUCUAAACGUAGAACGAUUGUUCAUUGCUACUACUUCAGGAAAAAAGAUGAGAAUGAUUUGAAUGUCUUAGAAGAAUAUCUGAAAGGUGAUGUUGUUGAGAAAUCUGAAAUUUCUGUUGUCAGAGUUGUGGCUCCUAAUAAAUAUAUGAUGAGAGUGACCUACGAGUUACCUGAAGGUGUUUUAUUUUUUAACAGUAACUCUUCCUGCGAGCCAGCAGUAAAAAGAAUCAAACUCUUAAGUGAAUAAGUUGAUUGCAAAAUUUAGGUAAACACACCUUCAAUAUAUAUGGUAUUGAAGUUAAGUUUAAUAUAUUGCUGCUGCAUUUGAAUAUUGAUUAUGAGAUAAUACAGUGUCACAAUUGUAAGGGAAAAAACAUAAAUAAAAGAUCAAGAAACAAG